AUGUAUGAAAGAUCCAAAGUAUUCUUCAAUCAGCUAACAACAUGGCCAGAUGCAGAGGCACAGUGUAUUUCAUUUGGAGGACACCUUGCAAAGGUUUUGAACCCUGUUGAUGAUGAGUUGAUUAGAAACGUCAUACCUGGAAGUGUUCAUUAUGUUUGGAUCGACGGUUCUGAUGAAGGAAAAGAAGGUAACUGGACAUGGAAUAACCCAGAGGAGAAUAUUCUACUUGAUUAUUGGGGUCCUAGCAGACCUGAUAAUGCCGGUGGAGAUCAGAAUUGUAUGGUUUACCGUUAUUUUAGUGGUGAAUAUCUAUGGGACGACCGUGAAUGUACUGGUAAUAACUAUCCAUUUAUUUGUGACAUAUGACUUAUUUGUCAUCAUUUUUUGGAUAGAAUCUAAGUGAUACAUUUACUUGUUUAGAAUACAUGUUAAAAUGCCGUGGACUAUAUAUACUUCAAUAGUGCGGAUUUUCUACAUUAGUAAACUUAUUUGAUUUAGAAAGUGAAAUUGGCACAACUAGCUGAUGAUAGGUAAGCCGGAAAGAGUCAUUUAUGCUAACGUAAAAUUCAUCGUUUCAUGUCAAUAAUUUUUUUAUAAAUGACAGAUUAUAUGUAAAGUCGAAAAGAAAAUGAAGACGCUUAAAGGCAUACAUGUACAGCGUUUACAGACUUAGUUUACGUUUCAAAAUAAACAUUAUACAUUAAAAACGUCCAAAGCAAUUCUCUAUUCUCUCUAACUAAGACA